AUGCGGGCAAUCUGCGCCGCGCAGACCGCCACGCGGCUGGCAGCUCUGGUGCUGGUGUUGUCCUUAGGCAUUUCAUGCCACGCAGCAGUAGGAGAUGACGUGUUUGCAUGGCCCAACGUGGAUUGGUCUGACCUGAAGCCAUACCAGGACUUCAAGCAUAAGCACGAGUUUUUCUACCAGGUGCCGGAGAACCCGCGGGCCGUAGUGUUCCUGGCCCACGGCUGCGUGCACUCGGCGCACAACUACUGGCCGCAGAGCGAGGAGUGCCCCGAGUGCCGCGGCCUGCCCGAGGAGCUCUCGCACACGCUGCAGGCGCUCAAGCUGGGCUAUGCAGUCAUCGCCAUCUCCUCGCUGGAUCGGGAGACGGGCUGCUGGUCCUUCUGGGACGACUGCUUCGAUGUGAUUGACAUCAUUCAGGAGUGGCGCGAGGACUGGGGGCUGGACCACCUGCCGAUCUAUGGCUGCGGCAUCUCCUCUGGAGGAUCUUUUGUGCUCAAGCUGCCGCGUUACAUGAAGUUUGAUGGCCUGAUGUCUGAGGCGCUGGGCAUCGACCCGCUGUCGGGAGGCUUCAGGGAUGUGCCGGGAGUCUACCCGCCCACCGUGAUUGUCAGCAUGCAGCGCGACAAGAAGCAGCGGGAGCUGAUCAACGAGAACCGGGAGAUCCUGGAGGGGCGCAACACGCCUGUUGAGAUCAUCAAGUCGUACGCCCGCCAGGUCUACCCGACGUACUUCUCGGAGCGCUUCCCGCUGUACAUCUCUGAGGAGCUGAGCAUCAAGAUCAGGGACGGCCUGGAGGAGAUUGCGAUGAUCGAUGGGGAUGGCAAUGUGCUGGAGGACCCGCGGUAUACUUCCCGCCCCUGGCUCAAGGAGCUGCAGGAGGUGGUGCCUGAGGUGCAGGGCAAGACGGAGAGCUUCCAGGGGCGCACCGUGCCGCGCUUCCCCGAGAUGUCUGAGGAUGUGGCGCUGCCCGGGCUGAUGAACCUGGCCUACAACUUGCACGAAAUCAUCUCCGACUACUUCACCCCAACCCUGAUCCAGCGGGUGGAGAUGCAGAGCCUGCUGGACCAGUACACGCCUGCGGAGCUAGAGGCCAAGGAUGUAGCCCGCACCACCCCCCCUGCCACCCCUGACACCGCUGAUGCCACCACCUCCAGCACCGGGGGCACGGGCUCCAGCCCAGAUGCCGCCUCCUCGUCAGGCAGCGGCAGCAGCAACAUGGUCGCCAUCAUCGGGGGCGCCGUGGGCGGCGCGGUGGGCACUCUCAUCCUGGUGGCCCUUGUCUGGUGGUGCAUGCGGCGGCGGAAGAUCGCCCGCGAGGCAGCCGUCAUGAUGCCAUCCACAAUGCAUGCGGUGCACAUCGCGCCUGCGGCUGGCGUGACCGCCCAGGUGUCGCUGGUGGGGCCCGGCCUCAAGGAGCGCUUCGAGCUGACCGAGGUGGUGGAGCAGACAGGCAGCCCCUCCAGCGCCCGCCGCAGGAUGAGGACGGCGUUUCAGGGCAGCCCCCGCAAGGGCGCCAGCCCCCGCAAGAAUGCCGGCAAGUGA